CACGAUGGAAUGUCAUCAUUUCCCCCCAAAAACUGAUGUUUUGGAUCAGUCCCAAUGAGUUUUCCUUGAAUUUUGAAACUACUUCGGACUCCCUUUUUAGUGUGAUUCUGGGGCAUUUAACCCAAAGGGUCUGUACAAUGGACCGGAAGGAAAGCUGCCCAAGUGUGAGCAUCCCCAGCUCUGAUGAGCACAGAGAGAAAAAGAAGAGGUUUACUGUAUAUAAAGUGUUAGUCACAGUUGGGAGAAAUGAAUGGUUUGUCUUCAGGAGAUAUGCAGAAUUUGAUAAACUUUACAACACACUAAAGAAACAGUUUCCAACUAUGGCCCUCAAGAUUCCUGCCAAAAGAAUAUUUGGAGACAAUUUUGAUCCAGAUUUUAUUAAACAGAGAAGAGCAGGACUGAAUGAAUUCAUUCAGAAUUUAGUUAGACAUCCUGAGCUAUGCAACCACCCUGAUGUCAGAGCUUUCCUUCAAAUGGAUAGUCCGAAACAUCAGUCAGAUCCAUCUGAGGAUGAGGAUGAAAGAAGUACUCAGAAGUUACACUCUACCUCACAGAACAUCAACCUGGGACUAUCUGGAAAUCCUCAUGCUAAGCCAACAGACUUUGAUUUCUUAAAAGUUAUUGGAAAAGGCAGCUUUGGCAAGGUACUUCUUGCAAAACGGAAACUGGAUGGAAAAUUUUAUGCUGUCAAAGUGUUGCAGAAAAAAAUUGUUCUCAACAGGAAAGAGCAAAAACAUAUUAUGGCUGAACGUAAUGUGCUCUUGCAAAAUGUGAAACAUCCAUUUUUGGUUGGAUUACAUUAUUCAUUCCAAACGACAGAAAAACUGUAUUUUGUUUUGGAUUUUGUCAACGGAGGAGAGCUGUUCUUUCAUUUACAAAGAGAACGCUCCUUUCCUGAACACAGAGCUAGGUUUUAUGCUGCUGAAAUAGCCAGUGCAUUAGGCUAUUUGCACUCCAUAAAAAUUGUAUACAGGGACUUGAAACCAGAAAAUAUUCUUCUGGAUUCACUGGGGCAUGUGGUUUUAACAGAUUUUGGACUCUGUAAAGAAGGGAUUGCUAUUUCUGACACCACAACAACCUUCUGUGGGACACCAGAGUACCUUGCCCCUGAAGUAAUCCGAAAACAGCCCUAUGACAAUACAGUAGAUUGGUGGUGUCUUGGCGCUGUUCUAUAUGAGAUGCUGUAUGGAUUGCCUCCUUUUUACUGCCGGGAUGUUGCUGAGAUGUAUGAAAACAUUCUUCACAAGCCCCUAAAUUUGAGGGCAGGAGUGAGUCUUACCGCCUGGUCCAUUUUGGAAGAGCUUUUAGAAAAAGAUAGGCAAAAUCGACUCGGAGCAAAAGAAGACUUUCUUGAAAUUCAGAAUCAUCCCUUCUUUGAAUCACUCAGCUGGACUGAUUUGGUACAGAAGAAGAUUCCACCACCAUUUAAUCCAAAUGUGGUUGGACCAGAUGAUAUCAGGAACUUUGAUGCAACAUUUACUGAAGAAAUGGUUCCGUACUCUGUUUGUGUGUCCUCUGACUAUUCAAUAGUAAAUGCCAGUGUACUGGAAGCAGAUGAUGCAUUUGUUGGUUUCUCAUAUGCACCCCCUUCUGAAGACCUAUUUUUGUAGGUCAAUUGCCAUUCAGCAAACACUGAAAAAGCACUAGCCUUAGGUUGGGACUGAUAUUCCUCAGAGGGUGUGAACUUUUUCAAAAAUGUCUUUCCAGUGCCUCAUUUUUAUAUGUCAAGUUGGAACUUGUGGAAUAAGGGUUUUUUUUUGUGGGGGAGUUUCUGCUGUAUGUAGGGAAAUAGGGCAUUUGAGAGAGCUAUGUUUGGGAUUUAAACUUUAUUACUUCGGCUUUGUAAAAUUAUUUUUAAACGAAGACUUUAAAAGUGUACUAUUCUUUACAAUAAUCUUUUUAAGCAAAAAUAUUUUGCUUUAGACUGUUUUCCCCUUCUAGGUUUACAGUAUUACCUACCCAGGAUUGGCUGUCUUUAACAGUUGCACAAUUGAGUAUGUUAAUGCCUUUAUCACUGUAGUAACUUUGUGCUUAAAUCAUAACUAUGCAAUUGUCUUUUUUGUAGGUUGUAGUUUAUAAAGAGGGUAAUUUUUUCAUAUCAAAUCAUGUAUAAGCAUUCAUUACUUGACAGUAUUAAAAGGAAAAAGAAAGUGCUCAACUCCCUGUUUAGUUUUAAACUUUGAGUAACCUUUCAUUCUGCAGAUCUAUAAGUGGUUGGGAAUAUAAUAAAUUCGAGGUUAUUGACACACUGUAGCUCACAUUGGUGAAAUAAACUUUUCUUUCUAGGGAAAGGGGAAUUGAAAAACAUUUUGAUUUGGUGUGAAGAAUCUCCCAAAGUUUAAAGGGUUAAUGUAUCAAUAUUUAACGUUUUCCAUCUGACUCUUUAUAUGCCCCUCUUCUGUAUAUGCCCUUAAGCACAGCAGUUCACGAAGUCCAAUAGGUAGUGGGGAGAGCGUCAUCCUAAUAUUCUUAGUCACCCUAUGAAAAUGCACGUUAUGAAUUUUAAAUUACUUUUGUCUAGAGACACUGGACUUUCUUAAUUAAGUCCAGACCCAGGACCCUAGAUAACUAUUAAAACAGUGCAAACGUGCAUAAUUUCACAAAAUGAUAUAAAUCCCAAGAAAUGUAUGAGUCAUGUAAAGCACAUGUGUGGGUAAAUACCUAAACACGCACUAGUUUUUCUUUUAUAUUUCUUGGGAAAAUCAUAACAUAGUUGAUCUUAAAAUCAUGGCAAAGGCAUUGAAAUUAUUUUACCGUUUGCAUUUUCAGUACAGAAAUUAACUGCAGGCUGAGGAGAAUUAGAAGCUUGGAUUCCUAUUCCUUGAUUUUUGAAUUGAAAUGUACAAAUUUUCUCAAGACCUGGUGGUUCCGUGUUGCAAGAGACCAUCCUUAGUUAAUUCAAAUUCUCCCUUUCUAAUUGCUGCCUUGGAAUUUUAAUCAUAAAUGAUCCAAAUUACCAAAUCUCUGAAAAAACAAAAACAAAACAGUUCUGCAGAAUGAUGGGGAAAAAAGCAAAGCCUGUUUUGCACAAAUUAGUGAUACAACUACGUCUUGAAAGAGUUGCUUCCAGUUACAAAAUAAUUUCAUAAAAGGAGUAAUAUUUUAAUACCUACACUUUCUGUAAAUAUCUGAGUUUGCCUGGCACUACUGUAAAUGCUGCUUUUAUAUAAAAGCUUUUUGCUUAUUGUAGAUCAAAGUGAAUACUGUUACUACCUGCAGGAUUUGUUUUGACUUGCUACUCUUUAACUGAACUGCCAAAAAUGAAAGUGCAAUAUAUGUAGUUUUGAGAGCAGCUGUGAAAAAUUAGUUUGUAAUAUAAUGAAACUAAAAAUAAGAAUAAUGCUAACUUAUAGCUGAACAGAAGUGGAUGGUUAUUGUAGCAUUUCUAGUAAGAUGUUUGUAAAAAGUAACAUCUUUACAACUAAUAUAUGCUUAGACUACUCUAUAGGCAUUAUUAGAUCAUCAUUGGUCAAUAUUCUUAAGAUGCAGAGAGAAGUCUCUUCAUGUUUCAGGGAAGACCCCGCCCCCCAUCUCUCUCGAGAGCCCUGUAUAUUUAUGUUAAGGCAUCUUAAGUUGUUUGUGCCUUUUGAAUAGGUGAUUUAUUUAAUAUUUGUUUUUUUACCAAGUUAAACUAAGGAAUUAAUUGAAAAUUCACUAAUAUUCCUUCUGGGUAUUUGUUGGGUGAAUGUGUUUUUGGGAUACCUUCUUUUUUCAUUCAGCUGUACUCUGAUAUUUCUCGUUAUCCCCUUAUUAGGUUAAUGCCUAUAUCAUGUCGUAGUCAUUCAUUUUUUUCAUGAUCAUUUCCAGAACUCCAAAAGGUAUUACAAAACUUUGGGAAACAUCUUUUUGAAAAGUGUGUACUGUUUUUCAUAUGCAUUUAGGGAAAUUUUUAUUAUUAUUACUGUAGAAAUGCUUAUAAAUAUUGUGAGUCAGUCACCUAGAUGCCGGCUCAACUCUUUGUUCAUUAAACCCUGGGGAUAGAAUGUAAAGAUCUGUACUUAUGGAGACCAAAGAUCUGUCAUUUGGUCAAAGGAAGAAUUUAUAUUCUUUUGAAGAGUAUUGGAUUUUGUGAAUGUUAGGCACCCUUAGUGGUCCUUAACUCAGACUUGUCAGAGUACAUAGGAUAUACACAUUACACAUUUUCCUGGUCUAUUCUUCCUUUUCCUUCCUAACCAGUUGGACUCAAGGAAAUACAGAUCUUCAUCUCCCUCAGCAACUGCCGCCAGUAUAUUUGUAUGAAAAAGCACCAGAGAACACUGGGGUAGGUGAGGAGGUAUGGUUCACCCUUGGACCACCAAAAUGAAGCAUUAUUUUUAAUAUUACAACUAAAGAAAGUCCUACAUUUCCCAUUUUCUUUUUGACGAGUAUGAAGUGUAGGUUACUGCUGCAUGGCUUUCAGUUUGUGUUCAUCAAAUUUCAAGUCCUUUAACUCAGAGGUGGGCAGCAUAAUCAUUCUAUAGCAAUUAGUUGGGAUGCCACAAAAUUCUUUUAUUAGCUGAUUUCAAAUAUAUUAUUGUAGCUUUUCUAUAAUUCAGUCAAAGAUAAGAAACAGAAAAAAAAUGUGUAGAAGGAGGAUUUUUUCUUUGGGUUUGAAUGAUCUGAGAAAGAAGUUAACUGCUCUCAGACAUAUAUAAUGCUUUCAUGCCUUUAGAGCAGUAUUACUGCAUUGGAAGAGAUAAUUUACCCAUGUGGAUUUUAGUAAUGUGAAAAAUUUAUGUUCGUUCUCCCCCCACCCCAAAAAAAAAAUGAGCAGUUGGUUUGUUUCCUACAAAAAUAAAAUCAUAUUUUUCAUGUCUUUCUUAAAGUGGUGGCUUUUCUGUGUAUAAAUUAUAUCCUUAGAUUUGUAAAAAUGUACCUCUUCUGAAAAAUCAGCAGUGUUUUUGCUUAUCAUGAAGUUAAGGUUCUAAGUUUGUUAAUCCUAAAAAUGGCUCAAUAAAGAAGAGUUGCUUGGGUAUUUCUGUCUUUUGUAUGCUGAUCAUGUUGCAAUCAAAAGGUUUAUAUACUGAAAAAUUGGGCCAUUUAAGUUAUUUUAAUCUUGUAAUUUUUGUUUGUAUGUAAUUGUUUAUAAAUAGAAGCUAAUAGCUGAAUGUAAUGGAAUUGGAGUAAAUUAGGGGGAUUUUUUUGGAUCCUCAUCCUAAUAUUUAAUUGGUUUAAAAGAUAAAAUUAUAUCGAUUGUACAGUGCCUUUCAUGAAAACAUUUCAAUUGCAUUACUUUCUCUGAUAUUCCCUAAUCAGCCGUGUGCAAUAGUGCAGUGAUUUGGUUAGAAUGAAACUUACUUCCCCAUUUAAAAAAAGUUUUAUAAAACAGUUCAGUGUGAUACUCACACUUAACAAAUCAGCAUAACAAAUAUUGUAUUCCAACAGUGGGUACUGUGGAUGUAUAUAUGAUAUGCAUUUGCUUUUUGUAUAAUUUCUAUGCCUAAUAUAAGUAAAUAAAUGCUUGAUAAUUUUCAAACUUU